AUGGUACGACAUGUGUUAUCCAUCGGUUUGAUUUUUAGUUCAUUAAUUCUCGUGAUUUUAAAUAAAGCCGAGUGUAAAUCAGGUGGUGGUCAUUAUUCAUCACAACGUUCACUUGGUUCUGGACCUUCUGCUGGAUAUGGUUUUUCUGGUAGUGGUCAUCAACAAAAUUCAAUGAAUUGGGGUAACCCAUGGUUUUCAUCAGAUCUAAAUUCUUGGUAUGAUUAUGACAAUAUGGUGAUUCCACUUAUCUUAUUUCUUCUAUUAAUAAAUUCAUCUGAGUUUUUUUGUCAAUUAAUAUUUACCAGUCUAACAAUGCCCAAUAAAGAUAGUCAUAGUUCUUCAUCUUCUUCUUCGAGUCAACAACAUUCUCAGUCUAUGCCAAAUUAUUAUUAUCAUCCGUAUUAUCACUUAGCUUUAAACGAUUCUGAUUCGAUACCUGAUGAACAACGUUUGAUGGCGCAAUUAUUAAGAAAUUAUGAUCCAUCUGCACGACCUGUAUACAAUGCAUCAAAUACUGUCAGUGUUGCAUUUGGCAUUGCUCUAACUCAAUUAAGUGAUAUGGAUGAAAAGAAUCAAGUGUUAACCACAAAUAUAUGGCUUGAACAGGAAUGGUUUGAUGAACGUUUAGUAUGGAAUGCAUCGGAUUUUAAUGGCUUAACAACUCUUCGAUUACCAUGUUCAAAAAUUUGGUUACCCGAUAUUGUAUUAUAUAAUUCAGCUGAUGAUUAUACACAAGGUUACUAUCAAAGUAAAGCUAUGGUAGAAAAUAAUGGACAUGUUUUUUGGCCACCACCAGCUAAAUUUCGAUCAUCGUGCAAAAUUGAUGUGACUUUUUUUCCAUUUGAUGAUCAAUUAUGUAAAUUAAAAUUCGGUUCAUGGAUAUAUGAUGCAGCUCAAGUCAAUUUAACAAAACGACGUGAUAAUGUUGAUAUGACAAAUUAUAUUCGUUCAGGUGAAUGGCAUAUUGUUCAUAUUGCUGUCAAACGUAACGAUGUUACUUAUCCAUGCUGCCCUGGAAUUUAUUAUCCUGAUGUAACAAUAUAUGUUCAUAUUCGUCGUCGCGUUUUAUAUUAUUUAUUUAAUAUAAUACUGCCUUGUAUAUGGCUUUCAAUUCUUUCACUGCUCGGCUUUUGUCUUCCACCAGAUUCCGGAGAGAAGAUUACACUUGGUAUAACUGUUCUUCUAGCUUUUUCUGUAUUUAUGUUAUUAAUUGCUGAAUCAAUGCCAGCAACAAGUGAAAUGGUUCCACUAAUUGAAAUAUAUUUAACAAUUGUUAUGGCACUUACGUCUUUAUCAAUUAUUCUUACAGUUUAUGUACUUCAAUUGCAUCAUUCAGGUCCUGUGGUUAUUCCAGUUCCACAUUCAUUUAAAUAUUCAUUAGUUAGACGUAUAGCACCUGUAAUUGGAAUGAAAAAAAUUGUUGAAAUUUAUGCACGUGAACAUAAUCUAACUGAAAAAGACUAUGUUUAUCGAUGUUUUGCUCAAGCAUCAACACAACCAACGAAUACUUCAGCAAUGAAUCAUAAAAGUAGAAUAAUCAAUGAGAAAAAGAAAACUAAACAUCGACAAGAGGCUAAUCAUCGCAAUGAUCCUCAUUAUGAUGGUGAAGAACGAUAUAAUCAUAAUGAUAAAUAUGAUAAUGAUGAAGAAAGAAUAACAAAAGAACUUUUAAUAAGUUUAUCUACAAGGAAUGGUGAUAUUCGUUCAGCAUCAUUACCUAGUAAACGGCGUCAUCAUCAUCAUUCUCGUUCUAGACGCAUACCUCAAGUUGUUCUUAUUCCUCAACAGCAUUAUCCUGAGUCGACAUUGAAAUCAUCAUCAAAUCUGACUAAUUCUCGUUCGCCUCCCAAUUUAUUCAAUUCGAAUAUGCAUUUACUUGAAACACAUUUAAAACAUUUAAUUAAUAAACAGAAGCGUGAAGAAGAUCGUAAUGAAACAAUUAACGAAUGGAAAUUAAUGGCACUUAUUAUGGAUAGAUUGUUAUUUUGGCUUUUCGCAAUCUUUACUGUUUUGAGUACAAUUUUAUGUUUAAUUAUUAUACCAUUUUUGAAAAAUGCUGGAUAUAUACCAGUACUAUCAACAGAUUUAGUUACGGAAUACAAGGCAACAGCAACAGUAGCAAAUGUCACUGAGGGACAGUUAAGGAUAAAUCUUUCAGAUGUAUCGACAGUGGAUACAUAA